AAGCUCUGCUCAGAAAACAUAUUUAUAAUUUCAGCAAUCCAUGUAGUGCUGUUGUUUUAUGUAACAACUGUUGUUGCUUUCAUAUUUGUCUAGAAAGAAUGUUCACUUUCUUCUUAAUCUUCUCUUCCUUUUGUUUGGUAUUUGAAGAGACAAGCAAUCAACAAUGGACGUCACCGAAAAUACCAAAAUUUUACUCAGCCGAAUCCAAUAUCUCGAGCCGGGGAAUGCCACCAAGAUCAUCGGUUACCUUCUUUUGAAGCAUAGCCAUCAAGAAAUCAUGGAGUAUGCCUGUGGAACUGAUAUGAAGAUUCUUGGUCUGAUCAAUGAAGCCAAAGCUUAUCUGUUAUCAUCUUCGAAGCCCAACACUUUGAAUCCUAUGCAUGCUCUUCCCCAUCAGCCGAUCCAACCACCUGUCAACAAUUUUGACCUUCUACCUCCAGAUGCUGACUUUAUUGGAGACUUCCAUCGCCAUGAAGAGUUUAUCAGCUUCAGUGAACAGUUAAAUGCUGCAAACCUCUUGGGGCUCAAUUCAUCCGGCAAUGACCACUACCCAGAGGCAGCACCAGGUGGAGAUUUGCAAGAAUUCCCUGUCAAGCCUUGUCAUUUUUUUAAUAUGGGUUACUGUGAGAAUGGUACAAGCUGUAGGUUCUCUCUUGGUCAGAUCAUGUUUGAUGGAUUAUCCCAUAACCAUAUUGCAAAUAUUAAUGAGUUAAGUAAUCAAGACCUGGCCAUUCAGCCUGGGCCACUGGAGGAGUUAGAAAUGGAGAUCAUGGAGCUCUUAAAAUCAAGGAGGGGGUUGCCUGUUUCUUUAGCCGCAUUACCCAUAUUGUAUCUUGAAAAGUAUGGGAAGUUGCUUCAGCCUGAGGGGUACCUUAGCGACAGCCAGCAGCAUGUGAAUGCUAGUUUCAGCUUGAUACGGUUGCUUGCCCAACUGAAAAGUAUUCGGUUUACAGAUAGACCAUAUGGAGAGCUUGCAGUGGCACUAGCGGAAGAGGCUCCGCAUUACUUGGAGUACAGGAAUGAGGGAAGUGACCUAGGAGAAUCACUCUGCAUGAUUUAUAUUACUUUCCGAGCUGAAAGCAAAUUCACUAAUGAUGAUGUUGUAAACUACUUCAGCAAGUAUGGUCCGGUUCGUGGUGUGCAAAUACCACGACGAGAGAAACGAAUGUUUGGUUUUGUGAGCUUCUACCACCCGGAAACUGCACAACUUAUUUUAGCGAUGGGACAACCUCAUUUGAUUUGUGGAUACUGGGUUCUGGCUAAGCCCUAUGUAGAAAAAUCAAAGCUUACUGACAGGAAGGAGAGGGAGAACAUCGUGAAUGAUGGAUGGCAUGGUGGGAGUGCCGAGAACAUGAGGGCCCGUCUCGAUGAGAAUGCCGAGAUGGUCAUCGCUCUGGAGAUGAGGAGGGUGAGUACUGUGGAGGACGGUGGCUGUACCUAG